AACAGCUUUUGGUUUGCUGCUGCAGCCGCCAUUCUUGUCUAGAGUUUUCAGAGACCUGGCAUGUCGUCCUAUCUAGAAUUGUGUGUGUACAUUGGUAGUGGUUGAAACAACUUUUUUUUUUCGUCGCUCAGUCAAUAUUUAUUAAUGAGCGCACAGCUGUGUUGCGCACCUGCCAGCUCUCCCCCUCUCUCUCGAUAUUUUCACGAGACAAAAUUUCCCAUUUCGCCAUUAAGGCCUUGUUGACGCCGGAGCACAUGCACUACUACACUAGAGAUAGAUGUUAGAGACUUUGUUGUUAGUAGAAAACGGCCAUUUCUCUUUUCAAUCAUGUACACGACGACCGCUAAUAACGACACUAUCCCGACAACCCAAAAUCCUGGUUCUUGGAUGGAGGAGACGGAACCGUGGUGGCCCGGUUUGUUGGUGGCCGUCGUGAGCAGUUUGAUCCUGCUGUUGUUUCUCGUCACCUUAUUGGUGCAUCACCUGCCUCCGCUACAGAAAUGGCUCCUGCCCGUCCUCACUCGCAUCGCCCCACCUACCAACAACAAAACGGCCCAAACCGCCAAUCCCACCCAGCAGCAGACGGACGGAUAUGACCAGGUCGACGCCGGAUCGUCCUCACAUGAACAGCCUCAUCAUCCGCUCUAUCCCAGGAGCCGGCCAUCCCGUCCCAGUUCACUGCCAUGCUUGCCGGAAGAGAAAUUGGCCUAUUAUCCGUCACCGACGUCGGUGGUGGCCGUGGCGGCGGCGGCGGCUGCCCAGGCAGCCCAGGCGGCCGCCAUGCCCCACCGGCCACAUUCGUUUUAUCCGCCGGACGAGGAGGAUGAACCGGAGGACGACGACGACGAUUGCACCACUCCGCAACAACAGCCGCCGUAUCCGCCGCAGCAGCGAGGCCGCGUCCAUCACAAGCUCAAUCUGGCCCUGCACAGUGAUGGAUCGGAGGCGAGUAAUUCAUCAUCAUCGGCCAGCGCCAUCAACGAUCAUCCGGACCAUCCUCCUCCGUCUUCUCACCACCACCACCAGCACCACCAGCAUCAGCACCAUCACUCAAAGGAGAGCGAGCAGAGGCGCCAGCAGCAUCGAUCAUCGGCCGAGGCCGUUUUGAGGCAGCGGGCCGCCAAUCGCUCCCAAGAUUUGGCUCAUCAUCAGCAGCAGCAGCAGCAGCAGAGGCUGCUCCUCGAUCACGAGGAUAUCCAGCGGCUCGACGAGUGGACGGCCCAUCACCAGCCGUCGGCAGCCAAUAGUCUGCGCCAAUCCAGCCUGGCCGAAACCGACUGCGACGUAAGUAACCAACUGCAGCAACGCUGUCCAGUAGCAAUUGAAUCGCAUGACCCCGACGUCAAUAGUCCAAUCCGACCCGUCGGUCCCGAUGUGCCCAGCCUUCACCCGACGACGGACGACGUCGUCCUAGAUAUGCCGUCCGCUCGCUGCACGUUGAAUAAGCCCAGUAGUAGAACUCUAAGCCGCAGUCUGGCCGUCCUGACGGCAACCGGCAUGGACCGCAUUCGCUCGAUGAUCCACCUGGACACGGGAAGUAGAACAAGAUCCGAGAGCAUGAUUGACAUGACGGACAUGUCCAGCACUUUUGGCGAAUCGGAAUCGGUGACUGGAUCGGUGAUCCUGCCGGGUCCCAACCGGAUUGCCAACAAGGCCGUCAUCGAGAUGGGCUUCUCCUACAAUUCCGUGUCGGGCAAGCUCGUCGUCCGGCUGGUGGAGCUGCGCCAGCUCACCUCCGCCAGCCGCAACACCUCCGUCCAGUUGCGAUUGCUCCUGCUGCCGGACCGGAAGCAGCGCUGCAAGAGCAAAUUGCGCUACACCAACGAAGAUGGCAGCACCGUCAGUUUGAUGGAAACGUUCGUCUUCAGCCGGAUCGAGCCCGGCGAAUUGAGCAGCACCGGCAUCCGUCUGCGGCUCUACUGCUCGGAACGACUCCGGCGUGAGAGGCUCCUAGGGGAAGCUUUCGUCGGUCUCGCCUCCAUGACCCUGGAUCACCAACGAGAGCAGUCACUUCUCGUCGCCCUGGAGACCAAAUCCGGACCGUUCAAAAAGUCGCUGGCCGCCCUGGGGCGGAGCACAAGCAGCAGUAGCAGCCGGGGCGACAUUAGUCCGACCUCAAUCGGUCCGUCGGAGCAGUGGCCACCGGAAAUGAUUCCGCCGAGAAACGGCAUCCCGGAAUUGCUUCUGGGAUUGGCCUACAAUGGGACGACCGGCCGUUUGUCGGUGGAAAUCCUGCGGGCGGCCUCGCUAAGGAGUUGGACGUCCAAUCGGUCGCCGGACGCCUGUGUCAAAGUCCUCCUCCUGACCCAAACCGGACAGGAGCUCGGCCGGGCCAAAACGGCUCCCAAGAGAAACUCGGACGGCGGACCCACCUGGAUGGAGACGUUCGCCUUCCAGGUGACGCUCUUCCAGCUGGCCGAAGUGACGCUGCUCAUCUCAGUUGUCAAUAAGCGAAGUCUCAAGCGCCGGGAACUGCUCGGCUGGAUCUCGUUGGGUUUCGACAGUUCGGUCGAUCAGCAAACGGAACAUUGGCAGGAAAUGAGGGAAGCAACCGGAGAACAAAUCUGCCACUGGCACGCUCUUCUACCACCUUAACCACGAUUCAAUCUUCUAGAUAGCCUGCGGGGGGAAAUAGAAAAAAAAAGUUAAAUCAAUUAUGAUAUAUAAUAUAUACAGUCUAAAUUAUGAUGUGUAUAAAUUUCAAACCUCUUCUUUCUCUCCAUUGUGAUUCAAAAAUUUCAUUUUUUCAAAACUUACACAACAACAAAAGUUAAAAAAGUAAAAAAAGAAAAAAAAAAUUAACCAAAUCUCUAUUUGAUCGGUGGUGGUUUUUCAAAUUCUCUCUCAAAUGAUAAAAAUGUUCUUUUUACGAAUUUAUUUCAUAUAAGAAAAAACAACAAAAAACGUCACGUUUCAAUACGUCCAGUCAAAGUUUUUUUAUCCUCGUCUCGCCAUUUAUAAAUUCUUCAUCUUUGAUCAACCCAAAUGUCUUUGUUUGUUUCCCGUUUGUUCCUCUUCAUCGACAUCCAGUCUCAUAUGUGCACUUUUUGAUAUCUCUUCGUUCAAUUUAUACUUAUCACGCGGUCUCACACAUGUGAAAACUCCACAAAAACCAUUCGUCUAUAGCCUUACAUUGAAAAACAGAAGAAAGAAAUAUCUGCCGAGCAUUCCUCUUAAUUUGUUGUCCAACUCUGUCGCCGGUUUUUUUACAAACGAUGAUGCAAAACCAUAUUGAAAAAUCAGUUGCGGAAGACAAGCGUUUUUAUUAUCAUCAUAUUUGGCAUCAAGAAAAGUGGGCUGGGGGACGGUUCGCCAAUCCGUUUUCGAAAUAACACUCACUUUUUUCGUAUAUAUAUAUUUAAUCGAUCAUAUUACUAUAAUAAUAUUCUGUAGCACGAAUAUUGCUCCACUUUUUUUAUCGAUCGAAAACAAUACAAAAAAACAAAACAUUCCAAAUUAAA